UCAACCUUAUGUUGAACUUGCCGGUUUUGGUCACCUUAGCAAAAUUAUGUCUUGGUCUAUAGAUAACAAAUUCAUUCUCGCCUUAUGCGAAAGAUGGAGGCCAGAGACACACACAUUUUGGUUUCCAACCGGUGAGUGUACCGUGACGUUAGAAGACGUCUACAUGCUUUUAGGACUACGAAUUGAAGGCAAAGCUGUUAAUGGUAAGACCAACUUUCCAAAUUCAAUUUGCAUGGAGCUUUUAAACGUUGAUUUGUUAGAUGAUAAUGCUAGGGGACAAGGUAUACUACUUUCACGCCUAAAGUCAUAUUAUAAUAAUUUUUAUUUAGAUGAGCAUUCUACCGAAGAAGCUCGAAUCAUUAAAACUAGGUGUUACAUUAUGUUGUUACUAGGAUCCUUUUUAUUUCCCGAAGGUAGUGGUUCUAGCAUGCAUAUUAUGUACUUACCUUUACUUAGACAUAUAGAUAGAAUAGGUAGUUAUAGUUGGGGAUCCGCAUGUCUAGCCUAUCUCUAUAGUUCUUUGUGCAAAAACUGCCACAAAGAUACUUCUACAUUUUCUGGAUGUGCUGUUUUACUACAAGCAUGGGGAUGGUCAAGACUACCGUCUCUAGCACCGGUCAAUAGCAACCCCUUCACUUUUCCAUAUGCAAAAAAGUAAGUUGUUUAAAUUGCUAUAUCUUUACUUCCUUCCUUACAGUUUAUUACCCAUAACUAAUUUAUUUUAACUUUUUGGUGUAGAUGGUCGGCACGCGGUAUGAAUUACAGCAGAUGUCCGAGACACUGUAUUACUCAAUAUCGCAACCUGUUGGAUCACCUUCGACCGGCAGACUUCAUUUGGCGUCCAUACCUUAAUAUGGAUCAUGAGCAUCAGAUCAACCCUGAAGACGCAGCCGUAUGGACAACAUGCACACCAAUAAUACGGUUCACAACAGUGGAGCUGCACAACACCGAUCGUGUGAAGCUGCAGUUUGGUAUGGUCCAGAAUAUCCCAGAUCCCCCAGCUAGCCUAGGAGAAUGGCAUAUGCGUAAAGUGAACGACCAAUGGAACUUCAACCCUUGGCAACAAUUCGCAAGAUCAGAGUGUCGCAAGUGGAAGCACCGUCAUGACCAUGUCUUAACUGACGCAGUCAUGCCAAAUGAGGUAAAACCAAGUCGUACUUAUAUGGCUUGGUAUAGAUCAGUUGGAUUUCAAUUCAUCGCCGAUGAUAUGUACCUCUACGACCCACGCCAGACAACUUACACACAAGAAGCCUCAACAUCUAACCCCCACAACAUUCUCAUGAAAUCAAGGGAAUUAGUUAUUCUAAGGAUAAAUAUAAGUCAUAAUAGUGGAACCAUUAGGGAUUUUAACAUCUACACUAAAUAUGGGUUUAAGAAUGUGAAAGAAAGAAUGACAAUGGCACACAUGGAUCUGGUGCAAAAUGCUCUCAAGGAUGGCAGGCUCAAGUUUGCUAACAAGCAGAAACCGCGCCCAAAAGAGGAUGUUGAAACUAACAUUGAGGCUCUCUUUGUGGAGCUAGUAGACAUCAUGGUCGUGGACACAGUCGACGAAGCCGGCACUGAAGACAAUAAAUCAAGCUACAAAGAUCAAGCAACAAAGGCCUAUCCCAAACCUGAAGAGGAGUUGGUUAACUUUUUGAAUCAUUACAGGUUUAAAGCCAGUACUAUUUAG